GGACAUGAACAGUAGCUAUGCCUACUUACGCCGGCGUCCCUGCAGAUUCCGGAAACAACAAAAACGACCUGCAGCGUAGUAGUAAAACUUGACUAGUUAACUACUAGGUUCGUAAAAAAAUAAGUAUAUGUCUGUAUCCAAUGUGUCUGGCUAGUUAACUGGGACAAUCUAACGUUGAAGGCAAACCUCUUCAAGAUCGAGUUUUACCUACAAUUGGCCAAAUGGGGCGCACAAAUGUCCGGACCAAGGACCUGACCUCCAGACCGCGGGUGCAGAUUCAAGCUCGCUUUCACAACCAGCGAUGGCGAGGGCGGGAUACCCCAUUGAAGACGUCGGCAAAAAGAGGCAAAUUUAGGAGACUUUGCUCCAGGCCUUGUCGAACCGUGAGCAGGGUUCUGUCUCCCAUCAACGAAUCAGAAAGCUUUAAUGAGAGAUCUGUCAGGCCCUCUACUCACAACACAGACAGGUUACUGCGAUCUAACUCUACUCCCAGCACGGUGACCUACAGCCCAGAAGAAAGUUCAGAUGCAGCUCUGCCCGCAGGCGUGUCCUUUUUUCUGUCAGACUGUGAUGAUUCCUCCUCCUCCAUGGAUACCAGCAGUUGCACCAGUCUGUUUUCCCCCGAGGUGUUCCGCAGAGAGGAAGUCUUGGAGGAACCAGUCAUGUUCCCCAGCUUGGGGGAGCCAGAGGAGCUGCAGGUAAAGAACUCCACCCUCCUGGACCUCAGUUAUGCGGAAGACAUCAACAUGCAGCAGCCCCCCAACCUGUCCUCCAUCAUAGAUUUCUCUGAGGUACAUGAUGACAGAGAUCCUGAGAACAGAUACCCCUCUGGCACUGAUCCAGCAGCUGGCUCAACAGAAGAGAAAUUGUUGAAUGUGUCCAUCGAGAGAACUCCUCUACCUUGUGGAUACAGUGCACCCCCAGUGCCCACAAAAAUACCCAGGCAAGGGAAGAUCAGGACCAUUAGGUGCAGGAAGAAAGUUACCUUCAAUUCCUGUGUGCUCUUGGAGAUGCCUCAUGACGGCCUGGCAACUCCCCCGGCCAAUCAGGGAACAGGCAACCCAGGAGUCAACUGUGAUGGGAUAGUUCCAAGGGAGGAUGUGAAGAAUUUGACCUUGACACCAGCCUUUCCUACCACACCAGAACAAGCAAAGUUCUUUGACUUUGCAGACAAGGAAGAGAGAGAUGCGUUCUUCCAGCGGUUGUGUCAGAGGUUCUCGUUUGAGUUCCCCUUCAAACUGAUAACAUAAAGCGUGAAUGACACAAUGCUGGGGGCUUGUGACCAGGUCUGUUGAAAACAGGACAGUUGACACUUCACUUUCACUUCAAAAACAUACUAAAUGUUCAUUACUUUUGUAUAAAUUGAGCUUGAACUGGACAGCUGCUCAAAUGCCUGUACAUCAAACGUCCAGUAGAGGGCAGGCUUGGCAUUUGCUUAGUACCGUUUACUUACAAAUUGAACUAUUCAGCUGUUAUAUAAUUUUACAUUAAAGUAUGUGUUUAUUUUGUGUGGAAUUUUCUAAAGCAUCCAUACUAGAAAGCUGCAAGACAUAGCUGGCCAAACUUUACCAUAAAAAUUACUGUGUAUUUCUGGGAAACUUCAAGUAUGUUACAGUCUGGAUUUGUUGUACAUUUAUUGAAUCUAUUGUCAAGCUUCAUGCUGUUAUGACCUGAAUAUUGGACGUUAUGUUGUAUUGUAACUGUUUUCAAUAAACGAUUUAAACUGUU